AUCACCCUUCUCUCAUUCGUUCCACCCAAUCACCCAUUCUACUUCCAUCGUACUGCCAGACAGAACGAGAAACAUACCCCUCCUUGCAACGGCUCUUUUCUUUUACCCUUCCCAUCGUAUCGACCUCCCUUGUCACUCAGACGUGGCAGGGCCUUGUCAUUGACGCAUCUCAUUCACUCGUAUCCUUCUUUUUCCAUAUUCUCAGACGUGUCAAGAUGCCGCGCAUCCCCGUUCGUACCACUCCUUAUCAUACUCUACCACGAUGUACAAGACAUUACAAAUCCAAACGCGACCUCAUCCUACGCGCACUUGGCAAGGCAUCUUUCAUCAAUGGCUCUCAGUUUGUCAUCGCGUGGAUCUCUCCAAAGGGAGAAGUCGACGUCUACGCGUCCGAGCUUCUACAAGCUUCUGUAUCCUCCAAGGAAGGCGGUGUCCUGAAUCGCAAAGAAUUGGAUCGUGAAGCUGGGCGCGUUAAAGGCGAAAUGAGCAAACGAUGGGAAGAGAUCCGUCGGUUGGAGGAGAAAGGAGAAGUUCCCACAUUCGAAGAAGACGCAGAAGAAGCCGAAGAUGUUGAGGAGGAAAACGAAGAUGAUCCAGAUCGUACUAUGGUAGACGAAGAGGCGGCUCAAGCCAAGAAACAAUCUCCUGCUCAAAUGAUGUCUUCUUUUCCCGCAGCCAGAGCGUCAACACCUCAACCAUCGAUGCACACUAUAACACUCCAACCUCAUGCCGUUGAAGAUUAUUACAACACUCGAUUCAACGCACUGCAACAAGCCACUUGCAAGCUCGUUGUCAAAGCGUGGAUCAAGGUGAUCGAGCCAAAGAAGCAAAUGAAAUUUCCUUACAACAAAGGGGAAGAGUAUAGACCCGCUUGGUGGCCCGAAGGUGUCAAGCACCGCGAACCUGAUCAUUUGUCCAAGCAAGAACGCCUUGUUCUACUCAGUAGUAUCAUCCGAUCACCUCUGAUAUCCGUCGCUCGCCUCGAAUUAUCUACUGCCGAAGCAGCCGCCUUCAUCUCCCGACCUAGAUUAUCUAUCCUUCGUGAGGUUUACCUUGUGGCGAAAGAAGAAGAAAAACGGCGCAAGGAGGGAGACUCUACAUCGGAAUUGGUCGUACAUCUUCCUCAUACCCCGGUCUCACCUUCAGCCAUUAGCCCCGAACCAGAAAAACGCACUCACUCGACUAUGGAAUUUGAAGAGGACAAGGAGAACGUUUCCUCUUACAACGCUCAUGCCGCCAAACGUGUCAAGCAUUCUCGUCUGCCCGCACUGACGAUUUCGACCACUCAGGCUAACUACGACUAUGCUCAUCCCUUCACAUUCGCUCCUCAAUCACAUCUCUGGCCAGGACGUGAUGGGGCCGUUUCCGCACCACCUCCUCAUCUCUCACCUUAUCCUCAAUCAGAAGUCUUUGGCGAUUAUCGCCCUCACACCUCUAUCAUACAAACGGCAGAAGAAAGAUAUCACCCCAAUCACCUCGCACCCAUCCUAAAUCCUCAUCAGCACACCACGACGAGUCCUGUCGAUGCCCAUCAACAACCCUUCUCUCAUCCGGCUGGGAUGCAAUACUACCCGCGUACGCAACCUGGUCAGGGGUAUCUCCACCAACAUCAGAUUGAUUACCUUCAGCAACAGGGACAGGGAGGUUACGAUUAUGGCAGUCCUUAUAUUGCUGACAACUGGGAGAACAGUUUCGGACAGGGCACGUGAUGCGGUGUUGAUGAGGAUGCUUUUUGGGCUUUGAGUGGGAUGUUCUCUUACUGAGUGCGAAUGAGAUGGCUAUUUACCCAACCAUGAAGACCAAUUGUACCCAAUGUAACCAUCUCCGUAAUUAGAGUAAACGUAUCUAGUAGGGGAUGCAGGAUGCUUUCUUGAC